GACGUCGAUUCCGUGCUCGCGGACUGCGACGUUCUCGUCUCCGCGCUGCCGUCCACGGCGGCGACGCGGGGCCUCCUGGGCGGCGGGCGCCUCGCGGCCUGCGGCCGGAGCCCGCUGUUUCUCAACGUGGGCCGCGGCGACCUGCUCGGCGAGGACGACGUCCUCGCCGCGCUCGCGGCGGGCCACGUCCGCGAGGCGGUCUUGGACGUCUUCGCCGAGGAGCCGCUGUCGGCGGACUCGCCGCUCUGGGCGUCGCCGGGGGUGCGAGUGACGCCCCACGUCGCCGCGCUGAGCCUGCCCGCCGAUGUUGCUGUCGUUUUCUGCGACAACCUGGAUCGGUGGACGCGCGGGGAGGAGCUGCGGUAUGUCGUGGACUGGGAGAAGGGGUAC